AUGGAAUCUGAGAGACUUCGAUGGUUAAGAAAAAAUCAGUCAAAACUACGAGUAGGCAAAUAUGAUCAUCUUCCAGAUGCUAGGACAAAUGGACAUACACUUGGUGUAGCUACAGGGAAAAGGGUUGUCCUACCUUCGUCGUAUGUUGGAAGCCGUAGAUAUAUGGAUCAGUUAUACUUUGAUGGCAUGGCAAUUUGUAGUUAUGUCGGAUUUCCUGAUUUGUUUAUUACAUUCACAUGUAAUCCAAAUUGGCCGGAAAUACAACAUAUACUAAGUUCUGCAAAUCUGAAAGCGUCCGAUCGUCCGGAUCUCAUUACAAGAAUCUUCAAACUGAAAUUUGAUGCGUUACUGUCCGAUUUGACCAAAAAGAGUAUCAUGGGGAAGGUUCUUGCGUAUAUGUACGCAAUUGAGUUCCAGAAAAGAGGCCUGCCCCAUGCUCACAUAUUAUUUUUUCUUCAUCCGUCGAGCAAGUAUCCAACACCUGCUGACAUUGAUCGUAUCAUAUCAGCAGAAAUACCAAACAAAGACACUAACGAAGAGUUAUAUAACUUGGUCAAAACUCACAUGAUACACGGACCCUGCGGAAAUGCUUUUCGUAAUUCUACGUGUAUGAAGGAAGGAAAAUGUUCAAAAUACUUCCCUAAAGACUUCAGACGUGAUUCGAUCGUUGAUCAAGAUGGAUAUCCGCCAUCCGUCAAAUAUUUGUUCAAAUACAUCAACAAAGACUAUGAUAGAAUAACUGCUGCAAUUGUCAUGAAUGAAGAUGGAUCUGUUUCGCAACAUGACGUCGUCGAUGAGAUAAAGCAGUAUAUUGACUGUAGGUACGUUUCUUCAAGCGAAGCUGCUUGGAGAAUUUAUGCUUUUCCUAUUCAUGGAAGAAAACCAGCUGUAGAAAGACUUCAUUUUCAUGCUGAGGGACAAAAUUCUAUUUUCUAUACUGAUGCCAGCCCUAUUACCACAGUCCUUGAUAAACCGAGCGUUACUGAGUCAAUGUUUACAUCCUGGUUUGAAGCCAACAAGAAAUACGACGAAGCGCGUCAACUAACGUAUAGCAAUUUUGUUUUGAAGAUGAUGCUAACACAUGUUAAAGGACCGAAAAGCUACGAUGAAAUAAAGACAAUAAACAAUGUUAAGUACGAUAGUUUCCGUGAUGCAUGUUUUGCUAUGGGAUUUAUUGGUGAUGAUCGAGAAUUCAUAUCUGCAAUAACAGAAGCAUUUCAUUGGGGUUCUGGACAUUAUUUGAGAUUACUUUUUGUUCACAUGUUAUUGUCAAGUAGCAUUAAUAGGCCUAAGCAUCAAAGGAUUGCAAACAACAGAGUUCUGCGGUUAACAAAUGAAGAAAUUCUGAAUUUAACAUUGAUUGAAAUUGAAAAACUUCUUCGGCGAAGUCGAAAGAGUUUAAGUGAUUUCCUUGGAAUGCCAAAACCACAGGGUUACAUAAUUGAGGAGCUUGGAAAUAAUUUCAUAUAUGAAGAGCGAAACUACGAUCCUGCUGAACAACUUCAAGAGUUUAAUAUGCUGUACUAUGAACAAAGAGAUGUUUUCAAACAAAUCUUGACGGUUGUUGAUACCCAGAACGGAGGCGUAUUCUUUCUGUAUGGAUACGGCGGUACAGGAAAAAUAUACAUGUGGAGAACAUUAGCUUCUUACAUAAGAUCAAGAAGACAAAUAUGCUUGACAUUUGCCUCUUCAGGUAUUGCAUCCCUGUUGCUCCCUGGUGGUCGAACGACACAUUCUAAAUUUAAGAUUCCAAUUCCCACAUUUGAAUCUUUGACAUGCGACAAUAACAAGGGUAGUGACAGGGGGGACUUGCUAAAAGUAUCAAAAUUGAUUAUUUGGGAUGAAGCUCCUAUGUGUCACAAAUUUUGUUUUGAAGCUUUGGAUAAAACCCUCAGAGACAUCAUGGGUGGAUCCAGGUCAUCAGAUAAAAUAUUUGGUGGUAAGGUAAUUGUUAUUGGUGGCGAUUUCAGACAGAUUCUACCGGUUAUUCCAAGAGGCAGUCGUUCAGAUAUAAUUCAUGCAACUAUCAAUUCAUCAUACAUUUAG